UAUUAGCAUCUGAGCUAACUGGCUAGGCAGCUCUUUAAAUUUUGGGAGCUAGUUAGCCUCCUAGCUGAAAAUGCUAUCCCCAGCUGUAAGGUGAAGCGUCUUUCAGGGUUUUGUUGUAGCUUUUUAGCAAGGUGUUUAUGUUCUGAGCGCACAGGGUGUUUAAGAGGGAGUCAUCUAUACAUUUUAAAACAUUUGUGGAAUUUUCUUCCUAUUUUGUUUUCCGACGCGAGCUUUGAAAGUGAUGGAAUCCUGUUUCCGGAUUUGACACACAGCUUCUCAGAGACCACAAAGUAGAAGUUCCUAUCAAACAGUUUAGUCUAAUCAAGCUAUUAGUUGCUUUAAAAACUAUUUACAAAUGAAAAGAUAAAAGAAACUACAAGAAGCUCCCUUAUUGGGUCGGAUCUCUGCUAAGGGUAAAAGAAAGAGAAAAACAAGCUUUUAUUUUGAAAUGACUCCUAGUUUUAAACAGCCAAGCGCCGCUGUGGCAAUCAUUUGGAGAAAAGAGCGAUGAGCAGCUGCUACAGGGUCUCCUCACUGACAGUUACUGUCAUGUGUGUUCCUCCAAGUUGUUGUUUGAGUCUCACAGACAGUCCCACUAUGAGGGAAAGAAACACGCUCAGAAGGUCAAAGUGUACCUAAGGACAUUAAGAGGAGAGAGGAAUGCCGAGUUCAAGCGAACAAUGCAGAGAGAUAAAAAUCGUUUCUGUGAGCUGUGCAACAUGGUGUUUAGCUCUGACGUGGUGGCAAAAUCCCACUAUGAAGGCAAAACGCAUUCAAAAAAUCUGCAUAAACAAACUCUUCAUCCUCCAGACAAAAAAACUGAAGAGCUUCUUUCGCCAAAUCCUGCUGAUAAAGUUGAGCAGAAAGCAGCCGCAGAUGUUCACGGGGACGCAACUGCUACAAAUUCCAACCUGAAAGACCCUGACAGGUACUGCUCGCUUUGCGCUGCGUCCUUCAACAACCCUCAGAUGGCUCUGCAGCACUACAACGGACGGAGACACCAGAGGAAUAAGGCGAGGCAGGAGCUCCUCAAAAAGCUGGGAGACGAUGUACAACAAGCCAACUCCCUGAUGUGUCAGAUAUGUGGUGUGCCGUUUGAUUCUGUGGAGAUGUACCAGGCUCACAUGCAGGGAAACAGACACCUGACCAGGGAGAAGAAGAUCAGCGAGCUGUUUAAAUCCCAGCCAAAAGUCUACAACACAUUUGCAGAUGAACUUGCAGAUUACAUUCAGGUCCAAAAAGCCCGGGGAAUCAAUCCUAAGACCAGUCAAGUCCUUGCUCAAGAUGACGCAGCAAAGGGGGACCAGGAAGAAGUCGAACCACAGGAGGUGUCGGACGACUGGGAAUCGGCAGAAACCAUCCCCAACUUCCACCCUCCUCACCCCUCUCAGCCUGGACCGUGGCAUCCUGUGUAUCCGAGGCCGGCCUGGCCUCUCCAUGAGCCUGAAUAUAACGGGCCUCCUCCACUUCUUCAGUGCUCAGAUCCUCCGCGGUUCAUGCUUGGUCCCACAGAAAGUGGGCAGCACAGAAGACAUUUAAGCUCCUCUUCGUGUAGUACGCCAUCCUCCUCCUCAUCUUCCUCCUCCUGCAGCUCUUCAACAAGUGACAGCGAUGACGGCGAUGAUGGCAGGAGGAGACCAACCAGGAAGAACGGACUCAUGAAAAGAAAAACCGAGGGGUCAGACAAAGAGGGGAGGAGGCUGAAACGUCAGAGGAGAGGAGGAGAGAGGAGGAAGAGGAGGAGAAAAGAGCAGUCUGCAGAAUCUGAGGAUGAGGGGAGAAGACAAAAACAAGGAACUUCUAGUAGUAAAAAACACCAAAAGCAGGAGAACAUUGACGGGGACGUCACGGAGACAGAAAAAGAUCCUCAUUUACAAACUAAAAGCAGUGCUGGACACGAUAAACAAAAACUCAAACACAGAAAGGAGAAGAAGAAAACAAAAGACAAACCUGAUGGAAGGACAGAGGAGGAGAAGCUUUGGGACGACUCCAUUCUGGGUUGUUGAUUUAGCAAGAACUGAUUCUACCGAUGAAUGAAAUCAUUAAUUUAUACGUUUGUAAUUUUUUGUAACUUUAUUAACUUUGACAACUCCUUGGAAACUCUUAGGUGUCAAUUAAAGUAUUUAAAUCCUUUGUUUUUGUAAAACUAAAAAUAAUGUUCUCGAUCAAAUGUGUUGAGGAUGUAGUGUAAUUCCUUUGUUGGUCUGGUGGUGGCGCAGUUGGAGCUGAAGAAGCCACUUGGAUGAAGCCUCUUCUUGAUCACCUCCAUACUCCAGCUGCUGUUUAGAACAACAUGAUCUGAAGAGCAGAUGUGGGUCAAGUCCAAUUUUUAACAAAAUAUAAAAAAAAAUCCUUUACGUUUUUCAUGAAAUGAUUAUAAAUUUUGGGGUGAAAAAAAACAUCUUGUUGUUAAUCUGCCUCCACUGCUCACACGUCAAUGUGGAUUUGGAUGUAUUGCAGAUCCAAACAUCACAAGAAGUGUUUUAGGUCAGACAGGUGCAAGAGUUCAAACAAGGACAGCUUUUUACAAACGCCAGAAUUCAUCUUUAGAAACAGUUGACAUAUUCUUACAGGAGCAAACUGAAAAUAAAAUACAAAAAAGCACUUGUAUAAAAGCCAAAAUUCCUCCCGUUUAGCAAUUAAGCUGUACAAAACACAGCAAAAUUCAAACACAAAAAUGUUAGAUAUAUUUGUUUCUAAAGAGGGUAGAACAAAACUGUCUGGUAAAAAAAAAAGUCAGGCUAAAACAUUCAGAGGAACCUUUCAAAAUAAAAGAAAAAUAAUUGCAGAUAUGCAUUUAUAAGCCAGUGAAGUUUCAGAGGUUGUUAAAUAAAGCGAAUUUUAAGAAAACAAAAAA